AUGCCUGUCUCAGCCCCCAAGGCCGACCGCCUCACCGACCUCUUUAGCCUCAAGGGCAAGGUUGUCGUGGUGACGGGCGCGUCGGGUCCUCGCGGAAUGGGCAUCGAGGCCGCUCGCGGGUGUGCGGAGAUGGGCGCCGAUUAUGGGGUCAAGGUCAAGGCUUACAAGCUCAACGUCAGCAGUUACGAUGACGUUGAGCGUUGUGUCAAGGAGAUUGUGGGUGACUUUGGCAAGAUUGAUGGCUUCAUUGCCAACGCCGGGGCCACGGCCGACGCUGGCGUGAUUGAGGGGAGCGCGGCUUCCUGGGACAAGGUGAUUCAGAUCGACCUCAACGGCACCGCGUACUGCGCCAAGGCGGUUGGCGCUCUCUUCAAGAAGCAGGGCAGCGGCUCCUUUGUCAUCACGGCGUCCAUGUCUGGACACAUUGCAAACUUUCCUCAGGAGCAAACAUCGUACAACGUUGCCAAGGCCGGCUGCAUUCACAUGGCUCGCUCCCUGGCAAACGAGUGGCGCGACUUUGCACGAGUCAACUCCAUCUCGCCCGGCUACAUCGACACUGGCCUCUCGGACUUUAUCGACCCGCAGACGCAGGAGCUCUGGCGUUCCAUGAUCCCCCUCGGCCGCAACGGUCUGGCCAAGGAGCUCAAGGGUGCAUAUGUCUACCUGAUUUCCGAUGCCAGCACAUACACAACCGGAGCUGACCUCGUCAUCGACGGCGGAUACACUUGCCGAUGA